GCAUUAGUAAAGAAAGUUACAGAAUUAGAAUCUCAAAUGACUAAGCAAACACAAGUACCUGCUCUUCAAACUGUUGAACCAGUUAGACAGCCAAGAGGUCCACCAUUAUCAUUACAAACAGAAGAAGGUAUGGAAAAUUAUCGCUUAUCACAAUACUUAAAUAAUUUAGAUAUAUUUAGUACAGAAGAUUUAGAAAGAAAUUAUUCUAUAAAACCUUUUCAAAGAUCUCGCCCACAGCGAAGCAACGGCUCUGCUAGAAUUGAUAGAGUAGAAGAAGUAAUUAAUGAAAAUAGAAAUGCUAUGAACCAGUUAACUGAAGAAUUUUAG